AUGUGCCCAGUGGAUGAUUUCAGAGAAACUUAUCAGUAUGUCAGCGUCAAGUUGGCUUACUUUAACAUCGAGCCCCUGCUCGAAAAGAGACUGAGCAUGCACUAUCGCGACAUCCAGCCAGAGGCCACGAACCGCAUUGCUGAACAUAUCGAGUCGAAAGCUGGUGGCAACAUAACACUUGCAUUAUUGUAUCUGGAAGAUGUUUUUACCCGGGACGAGGUCGCUACUUUCAACAUAGAUCGGAUCGAUGACAGGCUGCCCAGGGAUGUCAUUGCUUAUUUCGACACCGAGAUGAGCUUCAUCGAGCGCAAGCCGGAACCAGAGCGUUUACCUCCGCUACAUGCAAUUGCUGUCGCUGCGCACCAUUCGAAUGGCAUUUCCCUGGAAGAAUUGGAGCAGUGUAUAAGUCUUGCUCAGAGAACUUGCUUGAGCAUAGAUUAUCCCAGAUCUGUUGAAGACGUCUUUACUGCAGCAAAUGGAUGGCUUACAGAUCUUCGCACUGUAGACCGGAAAGUGGAUAUAUGCUGCCAACCCGCCUUCCCUCUGUAUGUAAAAGAGAAGUACAAUGAUUCGUUGGAACGGGCGAGACGCCGAGUCGAUUCUGCAGCUGAGGGAAGACCUGGUGCUGUCUUAUCUCAUCAGUUCCAAGAGACAUCCUCAUCAGACCAAACACCUGAUCUCUUGGGAAGCACAUUCGACACAUUGGCAAGCGAAAGGCCUCUCCUAACACCGCUCACGAGCCUCGAACAUAGCCUUGGCAUCCGCGAGCCGGAGGAUACGUACGAUCGGACUUUAUUCCUUGACAAGGACGAUGAACUAGUCCAAUCGCCUCCUAGAAUGAACAGCGCCGAGUAUGUACCGGGUAUGUCUCGGGGUAUCUUUCAGGACCAUGAGCCCAGAAGAAAGGUCACGCAAGCGGAAACGGCAUCAAAACAGUCGCCAAUGGGCGUAUGUGACUUUUGCAUCAGUAGUGUGUUAGACUCCGCUGCAUCUUCCGGUCAACAUCGAGCCUCGAUAGAUGGUGCAAAUAUCGCUUUGAACCAGUGCACAUUUUGCACAUCGCUUUACGCCAACAUGGAGCACUUCCUAUCGAACACUGAAGACUGGCCAUUGUAUCACUGGACCCUUCGAGCGCUACCACGCGGCAGGGAGCUAAGAGGAUCGAUGAUGCUGCGGUUUCGGUCUUCUCAUCCGAAAUUUACAACCAAGUCUUUCCGAUUCCUACCAGGGAACGAUCUACAUGUGCCUGCGCCUGAGGAUCUAUCAGAAACAACAGAUCCAGAACUCAGUGGAGGGACUCAGAUCAACAAAUGGAUGGACACUUGUAUGCGCGAUCAUCAAGACUGCAGCAACUAUUGGCAAGACCAGCGAUCCAAACCCUCCUUCUUACCGACACGACUUCUGGAUGUUGACACUGGAGAUGACAAGGUCAUCCGCUUAGUAGAUACCAAAACGACCAAAGCCAAGGGCCCCUACUGCACGUUGAGUCACGCUUGGGGACCACGAGAGAAGCCGUUCCUCACUACCACCGUGUGGAACAUGGCGAAGCAUCUGAUCACAGGCAUUACUCUAGACGAGCUUCCACGUAACUUCCAACACGCAAUACAUGUUACCCGCUUCUUGAAGGUGCGGUACAUCUGGAUUGACAGUCUCGCGAUCGUGCAGGAACCCCUUGGUGACUUUGCAAAAGAAGCCGAUCUCAUGCACAGGGUGUAUCGCUACUCGCAUUGCAAUAUCGUUGCAGCGGACUCGAAGGAUGCAUACGGCGGCCUAUUCAGGACGCGAAAACCUCACGAAAUCCUUCCGGUCACAUACCAGGGGACCGAUGCGCGUCAUCAUUUGGGGGAGAAGAGUUGGACGAUUGUUCCGGCGGAUCUCUGGGAAAAAGAACUUCUGAGCUCCAUCAUAUAUGGCCGUGCAUGGGUCUUCCAAGAACGCAUUCUCUCUCCUCGCAUCCUCCACUUCACAAAGCGUCAAAUAUUUUGGGACUGCGGCACGCUCUCAGCCUGCGAAGUAUUCCCAAAAGGACUUCCCUUUCCUCUCGACCACGAAGCGAGCACAGAUCGACACUGGAGAGGACGGCUAGCCAGAAGCACAGUCUCAUCGAACGCCUUGGUCGGCGUCAUCGACAACGAAAGCUCCUAUACUUUCUGGAUGUCCGCAGUUCAAAACUACACGGAAUGCGAACUGACCAAUCAAGGCGACAAGACAAUCGCCAUCUGGAGUAUCGCAAAACUGCUACGCGAUUUUAUGAGCGAGCAAUACGCUGUGGGUAUGUGGUCUGGAGCGCUCGAGGAGCAACUGACUUGGAGAGUGCGGGAUACAAAAGCAUGUAAGAGGAUGCCGGAGCUAGACGCCAAUAUCCCCAGCUGGUCUUGGGCAAGUAUCAAGGGUGCCGUUGUGCCUCAACACCGACUAGCCAAACGACCAUACAAGAUUACAGAUCACGAUGGAGCUGCUGUCAGAUUCACGGUCAAAGAAGAAACUAGGCAAGGCGACAAGGAGCCUAUAUUAGAGAGCAGAACACUGGCACUGAAGGCCCACAUCAACUUUGGGCGACUGGUCAAAGGGCAAGAAGACCAAUACCGUCUCCAUUUCCCGAGCAAGAUCUCUACCGACACCGUUGAAGUAGAUGCCUUCCUCGACACUCCACUAGCGACUACAUGCAUCGACCCAGAGCACUGCGCAUUCAUCAUCCUCGCCGCAUCCGCCACUCCAAACCCCACCAACACUCCCCACCUACCCCAACCUUCUUCCCCCAAAGCGCGCCAGACGUACUCCGGUGUAGGUCUCCUCCUCAUCAAACACACUUCCUGGAUCUCUGGGCAGGAACGGCUGUACCAAGAAUACAAAAGCGCACUAGCAGGCGUAGAACCGUCUCGAGAACAAAGAUGGCGCCUGGAUGCCUUCGAGAAACUCAUGUUGCAGCAGUCAGAGAGAAUCAUGAAGAUGGGAGGAAAGAUUGGAAGCGUGUAUCGGCGAAUGGGAGCGCUGCAGUUUCGCGACAUGGAUGAGCGGGCUUUCAAUGAGAUGACGGAUGCCAGGCAUCGGGAGGAUAUUUGGUUGGAGUGA